AAGAAACAAUCAAAUCUUAGAAUUCUCGAAAUAAUGUUAGCUAACCCAUCAACUUAAUAAAUUACUGUCAUUUUAUCUUUUUUAAUGGCUUCUUCUUCUAUUCCACCAGUUCUUCUUGUCCACUUGACCUCUCACUUUUCCAAUGGACCCUUCAUCCCCAUCCUCUGUUCAAUCCGUCAACUUCUACGAUUUCCUUGAUCGCAUGCGAAACCCAGCUUCCCUCGAUCUCGUUCGGUCCAUCAAAAGCUUCAUAGUUUCGUUUUCGUUUUAUACUGCAAAUCCUGAGAAUGAUGGGAAGAGAGUACAAGAGUUCUUCCAUACAAUGGAAGGUGCUAUUAGAGAUCAUCCAUUGUGGGUUGGUGCUACUGAGGAAGAAAUUGAUUCAGCAUUGGAGGGUUUGGAGAAGUAUGUCAUGACAAAGCUAUUUACUCGGACAUUUGCUUCAACUCCUGAGGAUGUGAAGAUUGAUCAGGAAAUCUCUGAGAAGAUAUGCCUGCUGCAAACCUUCUUGAGGCCUGAGCAUUUGGAUAUACCGGCAGUACUUCAAAAUGAAGCUUCAUGGCUGCUUGCAGAGAAAGAAUUACUGAAGAUCAAUGCUGUAAAAGCUCCUCGGGAGAAGCUUCUUUGUGUUAUGAAUUGUUGCAGAGUGAUAAGCAAUUUACUUCUAAAUGCAUCAAUGUCAGAGAAUAUUGUGCUAGCAGGGGCUGAUGACUUUCUUCCUGUCCUUAUUUAUGUUAUGAUCAAGGCCAAUCCUCCACAGUUACAUUCUAAUCUUAAAUUCAUCCAGUUGUACCGGAGGCAGACAAAGCUUGUAUCAGAAGCAGCAUAUUAUUUUACAAAUCUUGUGUCAGCCAAGACCUUUGUUGUUGACUUAAAUGCCAAUUCUCUUUCUAUCGAGGAAGUUGAAUUUGAGGAAAGUAUGCAAGCUGCUAAAUUAGCCAACAAAGUCCCACAAGUAGAAGUCUCAUCCUCCUCAGACGACUUUAAAGCCUUGGGAGAUCUGAGAGGUCCUCAUCUGUCAGGAAGAAUUCACGAUAUUGGAAUACAUUUAAGUGGUGGAUAUAAUUAUCCUUUUAUGGAAGCUGAGGCUGAUGAACUAACUAUUGGGGAUGUUGAGAAAUUGCUGAGAGUGUACAAGGAUGUAGUAUCAAAACAUGUGAGUCUCUGUCGGGCAGUUAGACAUAUGUCACUGACCAAGACAGUUCCCUCCGUUCCAGACUUUGAAGGAAACAACAUCUUGUCAACACUUCCUGCCAAAAGUGUUUCCGGAACUGAUGAGAAAAGAGAGGAUGACAGAGGUUCAGAAAAGGGAUUACCAGGGAGUGCAAGAACAGCCACUGAUGAUCUAGUAAAGGAAUCACCUGGGAAUACAAAAAAAGAAUCACCAAAUAGUCAAAGAGCAGCAAACGACGAUAUAGAGUAGCUGAAAUCGUCAACACUGACUAAUCUUAAUCAUAUGCAAUAUCAGAAUUACCCUUCUUUUGACAGGUCUUUUCUAGGACUCCUUAAUUGUGUACACUUUGUUGUUUCAUCUGGGUGAUAUUUUCUAUUUGAGCUAAGUUGAAGUUUAUUGGUAAAUAAAAAAGGGAAUAAUUACUUUUGAGUAACAAAUGUAGUUUGGAUUGGCAGAAAAUCACGCAGAUUAUAAAUGAGGUUAUUAAAUUAA